UGGCGCGCGGGCGCAGGCCAGGCGAACACCUUGCGAGGAGGCGGCGGCCGCUGUGGAAAGUGCAGGGAUCAUUUGAAGCAUGAUUUAUAAAGAAAGUCAGAUCUCAAGGGUGUCCUGCAAGAUGUCUUAAAAAGUCUUAACUCAGAGAUGGCAGUGAUUGAAACAUAGUGUGGGAAGGAAGAACAAUAUAUAAAGAAGAAGAAACAGGACUUGGCUCAGCAAGCAAAAGAAACACUGAACAAAGGAGAGGAAACCAACAAAGAUAAAUUUGGAAGCACUGAAUGCAGCAAAACAAGAACAAUGGAUCUCAAGUUCAACAGUUCCAGGAAAUAUAUUUCUAUAACUGUCCCUCCCAAAACACAGACAAUGUCACCACACAUCAAGUCAAUAGAUGACGUUGUAGUGCUUGGCAUAAAUCUCAGCAGAUUUAACAAACUUACUCAGUUUUUCAUAUGUGUUGCUGGAGUUUUUGUAUUUUACCUAAUUUAUGGAUAUUUACAGGAAUUAAUAUUUUCAAUGGAGGGUUUUAAGUCCUUUGGCUGGUACCUAACUUUAGUACAGUUUGCAUUUUACUCCAUAUUUGGCCUAAUAGAACUUCAGCUUAUUCAGGACAAAAGGAGAAGAAUACCAGGAAAAACCUACAUGAUAAUAGCUUUUCUAACUGUGGGUACUAUGGGGUUAUCAAAUACUUCCUUGGGCUACCUGAAUUAUCCCACCCAAGUCAUCUUCAAGUGCUGCAAAUUGAUUCCUGUUAUGCUAGGAGGAGUUUUUAUUCAAGGGAAGCGUUACAACAUUGCAGAUGUGUCUGCUGCCAUAUGUAUGAGCCUUGGCCUGAUAUGGUUCACCCUAGCUGACAGCACGGUUGCACCAAAUUUCAACCUGACCGGUGUGAUCCUUAUUUCCCUGGCACUGUGUGCGGACGCCGUCAUUGGGAACGUUCAAGAGAAAGCCAUGAAACUGCACAAUGCUUCCAACUCAGAAAUGGUUUUGUAUUCGUAUUCCAUCGGUUUUGUGUACAUUUUACUGGGAUUGACAUGCACUAGUGGAUUAGGCCCUGCAGUAACAUUUUGUUCAAAGAAUCCAAUUCAGACCUAUGGUUAUGCUUUCCUUUUUUCCCUCACUGGGUAUUUUGGAAUCUCCUUUGUUCUGGCUUUGAUUAAAAUUUUUGGUGCACUUCUUGCUGUAACAGUGACAACCGGAAGAAAAGCAAUGACUAUCGUACUUUCAUUUAUGUUCUUCUCCAAACCAUUCACAUUUCAGUAUGUCUGGUCUGGUUUGUUAGUUGUCCUUGGUAUAUUUCUCAAUGUUUACAGCAAAAAUAUGGAUAAACUAAGACUACCAGCACUAUAUGAUCUGAUAAACAAAAUAGUGGAAAUGAGAAAGUCAAGGACGUUGGCACAAACCGUAUAG